AUGCAGUCUGGAAAUUGGAGACGACUCAGGCCCACUGGUGCUCUCUGUGGCGUGUGGAUUCUUUUCGGCUAUGUGACAGUUGCAGGAGCUGUGAAGGUAUCAGUGGUGGCCGACAGCAUCCAAGUGGUGCGGGGAGGAAGUGCCCUCCUGCCAUGUUCCUUCCACACCACAGCACCCCUGAACCGCCUCAACAUCAUCUGGACAGUUGUCCCAGCGGCAGACCCCAACCACCCACAACAAGUACUUGCUUACGAGCAGGGGAAGGUAGUGGAGAGUGUGUCACACUACACAGGCCGGGUGGGCUUUGCCUUCUCACCGACCCAGAGUGCUACCAUCAUCCUGAACGACACACGUGGCUCGGACAGCGGCACUUACCAAUGCAGCGUGAUGAACCCACCAGAUGCCAUCACGCCCAACAUCGGGGUCCUCCAACUCACUGUGUUUGUUCCACCAUCUAAUCCUAGAUGCUCCAGUGAGGGUGAUGGAGAUGAGGGGGGCCAUCUCCAGUUCUCAUGCACCGUAGAUGAAGGAAUGCCUGUACCGGCUUUCGUUUGGGAGAAGAUCCCACCGACCAUACAGCCUUUGGUGACCAGUUAUGAAGACACCCACCGCCUCAUCCUGACCUUCCACAACCUGACCACAGAGGCCUCCGGCCUUUAUCGUUGCACAGCCUCAAACAUGCUGGGCUCCGUCUCCUGCAGCAUGGAGCUGCGGGUGCAUGUCGCCCCUCACAGCACCACGUCCUUGGUGGUGGGAAUCACACUCAUGCUCAUCAUGGGCCUGGUGCUGCUGGCCCUCUUUGCUCUGGCCUUGUGGCUCCACCACCACAGCGUGAACAAGUGGGAAGAGGACUCGUGUAAUGAGAUUAGACUUGACAAUCUCGCACUGGGACGGCUGAUCGUUACCCCCUCUGGGGACAUUUCCACAUCCAGCCCCAUGACCCAGCCUCUUUGGAUCUUCACAAGUUCCACUCCCAACACCACUUAUGCUCAUCGUGAAUGGAGGCCCCAGCCUGGAACAGUAAGCCAGGUCUCGCUUCCAGGAGAGCCCAAACAGCCCACAUUAGCACACCGGGGAAGGCAGAGAAGAAACAGCCUCUCUGAGCAGGACGGAUCGUCAUCUGGAAGCGAGGAAGAAAAGCACCCCUUGCCUGGCUCUUUCCAGAAGCCCACAGGAUUCUUGGUGUAGGAACAGCCAUAAGAUAUGCGCAUGCAAACAGCAGCAUUCAAUCGGAGCAAGAAUAUGGAUUUGGGAGUCUAGAAUUUGUUUCCAGGAGAACCCUGCUUGCAAAUUCAACCUAUUUA